UCUUCAGUCUCUCCCUAGACGGUGCUGAGGGAGGUUGUGUGCCGCGUCUCUCCCGCCUUCCCCUCCACGCUGCCUGACUAAAAUUAUUUGAUCCCGGGAAAAGUGGAUUAUUUUUUAGGCCUACGGAGGGGGAUUUAGGCCUAAGUGAUUGGUGGAGAGCUCGUGCACGUGAACUACUUCCGGAAAUAUACCAUGAGGUGCGUGGCGUGGGCAGCCGUGGCGGUGCUGGUGGUGGUGGUGGGCGUGGCUGAGGGGCAAGGAAACAGACCAACGAAGGACAGAGCAGGAGACGAGGAUUACCACAGAAAACGGAAGAUGCAGUACAAGAAGGCCAAAAAGGGGUCUUCCUAUGAUACGGUCCCUUUUAUAGACCCCGAAGACCAAGCCUACUGGAACACGAAGGGGCAGGAGGCAUUGGAGAGGCAGCUGCAGGUUCGCCCCCAGCUAAGGAAAGCCAAGAAUAUUAUCCUUUUCUUGGGAGAUGGGAUGUCAAUUUCGACUGUAACUGCUGCCAGAAUCCUCAAGGGUCAAUAUUCUGGCCUGUGGGAGAAGGAGGAGCUGGUGUGGGAGACGUUUCCUUACUCUGCUAUCAUUAAGACCUACACCACGGACAGCCAGGUAGCAGACAGUGCCGCCAGUGCCAACGCUUACCUGUCAGGUGUUAAGAGCAACAAGGGAACACUCGGAGUGGACGUCAAUGUGGAUUUGGGUAACUGUUCCGCCCAGCUGGAUGACGCAUUCCACCUGUCCUCCCUCGCCAGCUGGUUCCAGGACGCAGGAAGGAGCACCGGUUUUGUAACUACCACUAGAGUCACCCAUGCCACGCCCGCGGCCCUGUACGCCCACGUGGCUGACAGGGAAUGGGAGGACGACCAGGAGGUGCGCCGUGACGGGGAGGACCCAGACAGGUGUGACGACAUCGCUGAACAACUCAUCCUCAGUGACACGGGCAAAAGAUUCAAGGUUGUGAUGGGAGGAGGACGAAGAAACCUACUCCCAAAAGCAGUUACAGACGUGGUGGAGAACAAGAAAGGGUACAGGAAUGAUGGAAAGAACCUAAUUGACAUGUGGCAGCGGCAGAAGGCGUCUAGCGGCUCCAGGGCGGCCUAUGUGUGGAACAGGCAGGAUUUGUUAGGCCUAGACACAUCCAACACUGAUUAUCUGCUGGGCCUCUUCGGAUACAGCCACAUGGAUUAUUCAAUAGAGAGAGACAACACGCAGGACCCAAGCCUCCCGGAGAUGACGAAGGCUGCUCUGGAGAUCCUACAGAGGGAUGCUGGGGGCUACUUCCUGCUGGUGGAGGGUGGUCUUAUUGAUCUUGGACACCACGGGAACAAGGGCAAGAAGGCGCUGACGGAGACACUAGAGAUGGAUGAAGCUGUGAAGGUUGUUCUCUCGAUGGUGAACCUGCAGGAGACGCUGGUGGUGGUGACGGCUGACCACGGCCACUCACUCUCCAUCAACGGCUAUCCCUCCCGCCACACUGACAUCCUAGGCGUGGCAGAAGUAAGCGGAGAAGAUUACCUCCCGUACUCUACCCUGCUGUACGGAAAUGGCCCUGGUUAUCGUACUCACAUCCCCGGACACAGGCCUGAUCCCUCCCGCCAGGAUAUGGGCGGCGUAAACUACAGACAAGACGCUGCGGUCCCUCUGCGCUCCGCCGCCCAUUCAGGAGACGAUGUGGGUUUGUGGGCGACAGGUCCUCACGCCCACCUCUUCACGGGUGUGUAUGAGCAGAACUACAUCGCCCACGCCCUUGCCUACGCCGCCUGUGUGGGACAUGGGCGUACCUUCUGCGGGGGUGGCGUCAGGAGAAACAGAGGAGUGGAAACGUGUAGGGGGCAACGGAGGUGGCACAGGCAACGGUGCUAAAAUGUCGAGAUUAUCCUAUUUCAUAUUAUUUCUUCUCUUUCUUGCUUCUUCUUGUAUUUAUUUUAUUAAAAAAAUUGUAUAAAUAAAAUUAACCACUUCUG